AACCUCUUCCAUCGAGGCGGUAUGGUCACGUUCUACCGCCGCAGACGGCUGAGGGCGUCGGAUACCUACCAGUGCGCCUGUGCAAGAUGGCUUCGAGUUCGGGUGCGCGCGCGCGCGCGCGCUCUCGGUACUGACUGACUCCUUAUUGCCUGCUCUUUCACAAUGAAAGCCAUGGAGGAUCAAGUAGUGCAAGAAGAAGUAGGGUACCAGGAUGACGAGGAAUCCUUGUUUCAGGAUAUUGACCUGUUGCAGAAACAUGGAAUUAAUGUGGCUGAUAUUAAAAAGCUGAAGUCUGUGGGAAUCUGUACCGUCAAAGGGAUCCAGAUGACAACGAGGCGGGCAUUGUGCAAUGUGAAAGGGCUUUCAGAGGCCAAAGUGGACAAGAUCAAAGAAGCAGCCAACAAACUAAUUGAACCAGGAUUCUUGACUGCCUUUGAGUACAGCGAGAAACGGAAGAUGGUGUUCCAUAUCACCACUGGGAGCCAGGAAUUUGAUAAACUAUUGGGUGGUGGGAUUGAAAGCAUGGCAAUCACAGAGGCCUUUGGAGAAUUCCGAACAGGCAAAACCCAGCUUGCCCACACCCUUUGUGUGACAGCUCAGCUUCCAGGAGCAGAUCGCUACACAGGAGGAAAAAUUAUCUUCAUUGAUACUGAAAACACUUUCCGUCCAGAUCGUCUUCGUGACAUUGCUGAUCGCUUCAACGUAGACCAUGAUGCAGUGCUUGACAAUGUGCUGUAUGCACGUGCAUAUACCAGUGAACAUCAGAUGGAGUUGCUUGACUACGUAGCAGCCAAGUUCCAUGAGGAAGCUGGCAUCUUCAAGCUAUUGAUCAUUGACUCCAUAAUGGCACUCUUCCGUGUAGAUUUCAGUGGCCGUGGAGAGCUGGCUGAACGGCAACAGAAACUUGCUCAGAUGCUAUCAAGGCUUCAGAAAAUCUCAGAAGAAUAUAAUGUGGCUGUGUUUGUGACCAAUCAGAUGACUGCUGAUCCAGGAGCAACUAUGACUUUUCAGGCAGACCCUAAGAAGCCCAUUGGCGGCCACAUCCUUGCUCAUGCUUCAACCACAAGGAUUAGUUUGCGGAAGGGAAGGGGGGAGUUGCGUAUUGCCAAGAUAUAUGACAGAAGCACAGCGCCUGCAGAGCUCUGCACUAUUCUCAUGAACAUUGCAAAUACAGGACAGCACAAUUCUCCUGUAUUUGCAGAACCUCCAGAAAUACCGCAACAACUGGGGACAUGAGGAUUUCCUUUAGGACAGUUUGCUUAGGGAUGUAGCCAAAGACAAUUGAAGGUUGUUGGUGGGUGUAAAUGGAGAAGCUGCAGAUCGUGGAAUGCUGCUUCUGGUCCUGAGAAAUGAGCACUGACUGGCUCCCAUUGUAGUGCACGUUCGGAACAGUAAGCAGUGACUGCAGAGCUUUUGGAUGCAGAAGGCCACAUUCCUGGAUCUAUGUGCCAAGCUUGCCCCACCCUCCAGCACAGGGACACCAGAAUGAGAAUUGCACUAACAGUGGAGAAGCAAGUGGUGAUCACACUGUGGAAGCUUGCAACACCAGCUUGCUAGCAGUCAAUGGGAAAUCAUUUUGGAGUUGGAAAAUCUACUGGGGGCUAUUAUCAUGCAAGUGUGUAGGGCCAUUAAUCGCCUCCUACAGUGUAAGACUGAGACUCUUUGCAAUCUGCAGGACACAGUGGAUGGAUUUGCAGCAGUGGAGUUCCUGAAUUGCAGUGGGGUGAUAGAUGGCAUGCAUAUUCCUGUUUUGGCCCAGUCCCACCUUGCCACAGAGCACAUCGAUAGAAGUGCUACUUUUCUCUGGUUAUACAGGCGCUGGUGGAUCACUGGGGAUACGUCACCAAUAUCAGUGUUAGCUAGUCAGGGAAUCAGGUUUCAGAGUAGCAGCCGUGUUAGUCUGUAUUCGCAAAAAGGAGUACUAGUGGCACCUUAGAGACACGGAAUGUGCAUGAUGCUUGCAUCUUUAAGAACACAGGACUGUUCAGAAAGCUGCAAGCAGGGACAUUCUUUCUCAUUUGGCUGGUUACCAUUGUAAAUAUUCAAAUGCCAGUAGUUUCCAGAUUCUGGAGGACCCAGCCUACCCCUUGCUCCUCUGGCUCAUGAAGCCAAACACUAGUCAACUUGAUAACACCAAGGAAAGAUUCAGCUACCAGCUCAGUAGGUGCAGAAUGACAAUUGAAUGUGCUUUUGGUAGACUGGAGGGAUGCUGGUUGUGUUUACAUGCUAGAUUGGAUCUCAGUGAGAAAAUAUCCCAAUGUUUAUAACUGCCUGUUGGGUCCUCUUAAUAUCAGUGAGGCAAAUGCAAAAGGAGCAAAAGGAAAAGCUGCUUCCUGGGUGGAGGUGGAACGACUGUACACUGACUUUGACCAGCCAGGCACAAGGGCUAUUACAAGACUGCUGCAUGGAGCUAUACAAUUGA